AUGAAUUCUCGUGUAUCUCACUUCCUGGACCCAUCGUCUGCCAUGGCAGCGAUUACCAGACAUAAAGCGGAAGCGAUCAAGUUAGCACGAGAGCAAGGAACAGCCGUGAAAGAGAUGUGUCGUCGUGCAAAGACGGAUGUGCCACCAUAUGAGUUUGAAGAAUUGAUUGGCAAGGGUGCCUAUGGACGAGUUUACAAAGGCCGACAGAUGCCCUCUGGCCGGCUUGUGGCUAUCAAAGUUCUCGACAUCGACUCACUGGACUACAAGUCAUUACGUGAUUACAGGGAUGAGUCUAUCAAGGAUUUUAUCCAUGAAACCAAGGUCUUGAAACAAGUCAAGGACUCGGGAGCAAAGAAUAUCAACGAACUUGUUGAAGCCAUUUCCAUUCACUCUCAGCUGUGGUUGGUGUGUGAAUACUGCCCAGGUGGAAGUGUUCGAACAUUGAUGCGGGCAACGAAUGAUAAACUUGAUGAGAAGUACAUCAUUCCUAUUGCACGUGAGCUUGCUGUGGGCUUGCACGCGAUUCACGAAGCCGGUAUCAUCCAUCGCGAUGUCAAAGCUGCGAAUAUUCUCAUCCACGAAGAAGGUCGAUUGGAAAUUUGUGAUUUUGGUGUAGCAGGUGUUCUCCAGUCGCAGCGCGACAAGAGAUCGACGUGGAUUGGCACACCGCACUGGAUGCCACCCGAGAUGUUUUCAACUCGUGGGGAAGCCCACAAAUAUGGUAGUGAGAUUGAUGUAUGGGCUUAUGGCUGUACACUAUUUGAGUUCGCUACGGGUAACCCACCCAACUCAGGCCUUCGUGAACGUAUGCAAAUUGGGCGGCAGCUCAACCGGAAUACUCCUAAGCUGGAUAGCGAGAACUACAGUGAGGGUCUGAAAGACCUUAUUGCAUUCGCACUGGAUUCCAAUCCUGCUACUCGUCCAACGAUGGCCGAUAUCCUGGCCCAUCCUUACAUCGCAGACACGGACGAAGAAUAUCCCACAUCGUCAGUCAGCGAGCUUGUGAGGAACUAUUACCAGUGGUCACAGCGAGGUGGCCAGCGUAUCUCGCUAUUUCACCCGGGAGGUGCUGCAGCCGCCGAGCUUCCUGGCACUGAAGAAUCCGAAGAUGAUUGGAACUUCAGCACUACAGAUGGCUUUGAGCGCCGGUUCUCAGUUAUUGAUCUUGACCAAAUAGCUGCCUCGCUGGCUGAGAUGGAAGAAGCAAUCAGUCCGACCACCUCGCUUCCAGACCAUGAUUCUAAUGAAGAUGUCUCCGAUACCGAUAUGGAUCCGGAACAGAAAGCUAAUUUCGACGAGCGAGUGCGACGAGGUGCAGCAGCAAUGGAAGGCCUCUUCGAUGAGGAGAAACCAAGCUACAAGUACGAGACAAAGAACGACUUUGUUCCUAUCCAGCCGCCUCAGCCAGUCUCGGACCUCCCUCUACGCACCGAGACCGAUCGCUCUUCUGUGACCUCAACAUUCAUAGACAUUGAUAUUGGCUCAUUCGAUUCAUCGCAUUAUGCAGCUGGCGCUCCAUCUGCUCAGCCGUUCCAGUUAGCCGAUGCGGAUACUAUUCGUGCCAAUCGUUCAAGCAUCCGAAUCCAUCGCAACUCGAAUGAGAACAGUUCACAGUCGUCCAGCAGUGAUGCGGAAGGUAGUGACACUCGGGAAGAUAACUUCCAGCCCCCUUCUGGCCCACGUCCUCCUACUAUGGACUGGAAGUUCCCAGGAUUCAUGGUACCAGAAGAAGAGGCUGCAAAAGAGGCACCGAAGGAAGAACCAGCACCGGAUGAUGUCGAGGAGAGAUCCUUCCAAGCCGAGAAGCGGGCCACGAUGGAGUGGACAUUCCCCGUGAUGUCCGGCCAGCAAGAUGAAACCAGUGCCAAUGACGAGACUGAGCGCCAUGAUACCCUCCGAGCGCCUGUCAUUCCUCCCAAGCAACAACCAGAGGAGCCGGUUAUCUCUCGCCCAUCUACCUCGGCCUCUCACAAUUCUACAAUGUCAGAUUCAGAUUAUGACCCUUUUCGAUUUGAUCGUCCGGCCACUCCUCCGGGUAUUUCACCACAGCCUAUUAGCUCGUUUAACUCUGAAUUCCCCACUCUGACCGAAUCGACGGAUGAUGAUUCAGAAUCAGCUGGGUUGCUGGACGGACCUGGUCCUGAUGAAGAAGAGGAAACUCCGGUGUGGCACGAGCAUGAUGAUGUUGUAUCUGAAGACGACGUACCCCCUCUACCCACGGCUAUUCCUGUUCAUGGAAGUCCCGGGGGCACUGCGCCCUUGGUCUCCGAGCCAGGCUCUCCUAUCUAUGUGGAGCCUUUGCAGACUGCUCGUCGAGAUGUCAUGCCAGAAGUCUCUACCCUGAGGAAUUCUGCACCGGGUGCCAUUUCUUUCCCGGCUGUCCUCCCACCUAGCAUGGAGAGUCUGAUGGAGGGAGCUGACGAUGCUACUAUUACCGCAGAGUUAGAUCGUCUCUUGGGUGAUUUCCUUGGCGCCCUGUCUGCUACUGGAGAGGCACUUUCAAGAACUAUUCCUGAGGACCACCGGACAGAUGAUACUGCUCAUGUUGGUGAAAAGGUCUAA